AUGGGGUCAGAGUCAGUGAAGGUGGUUGUCAGGUGCAGGCCCCUGAAUGACAGGGAGAAGGCUCUCAGCUGCAAGAUGGUGCUGUCCAUGGACCUGCACCGCUGCCAGUGCUUCAUAGAGAAGCCCGGGGCAGCGGAUGAGCCCCCCAAACAGUUCACCUUUGAUGGGACAUACUACAUUGAUCAGACAACGGAGCAGAUGUACAAUGAGAUUGCCUAUCCGUUGGUUGAGGGCGUCACUGAGGGAUACAAUGGCACAAUUUUUGCCUAUGGACAAACUGGAAGCGGCAAGUCUUUCACCAUGCAGGGCGUGUCUGAGCCGACGUCUCAGAAAGGCGUCAUCCCCCGGGCCUUCGAGCAUAUUUUUGAGAGCAUUCAGUGUGCAGAAAAUACCAAAUUCCUGGUCAGGGCCUCCUACUUGGAGAUUUACAACGAAGAAAUCAGAGACCUUUUGGGAAGUGACACCAAACAGAGAUUGGAGCUGAAGGAGCACCCGGAGCGUGGAGUGUAUGUGCGGGACCUCUCCAUGCACACAGUGCACAGCGUGAGAGAGUGUGAGAGAAUCAUCGAGCACGGCUGGAGGAACCGGGCGGUGGGCUACACACUGAUGAACAAAGACUCCUCCCGCUCCCACUCCAUCUUCACCAUCCAUCUGGAGAUUUGCAGCACUGACACAGCCGGCCAGGACCACCUGCGAGCAGGAAAACUCAACCUGGUGGACUUGGCAGGAAGCGAGCGUCAGUCCAAAACCGGCGCUACCGGCGACCGUCUCCGCGAGGCCACGAAGAUCAACCUGUCGCUCUCGGCCCUGGGGAACGUCAUCUCCGCCCUGGUGGACGGGCGCUCCAAAUACAUCCCCUACCGGGACUCCAAGCUGACCCGGCUGCUGCAGGACUCCCUGGGAGGAAACACGCGCACCUUGAUGAUCGCCUGUCUCUCACCGGCAGACAACAACUACGAGGAGAGCCUCAGCACGCUGCGCUAUGCAAACCGGGCCAAAAGCAUCCAGAACAGGCCCCGAAUCAAUGAAGACCCCAAGGAUGCUCUGCUGCGGGAGUAUCAGGAGGAGAUCAAGAAGCUACGGGCCCUCAUAUCAGGCCAGUUGGGCACCGCUGACCUCUCCUCUUUUUUGGCAGGUCGGCUGUCUGAGGUCUCUCUUCCCGCUCCGUCGACACCACAGUCCAGCACCACCGAAGCAAGGAAGGAGAGGAUUAAAGAGGACUAUGAGGAGAAGCUGGCCAAGUUGCAGGCAGACUACAAUGCAGAGCAGGAAUCUAAGGCGAAGCUGCAGGAGGACAUUGCUGCCCUGCGCUGCUCGUACGAAUCAAAGCUCUCUGUUCUGGAGAAGGCCCAGACCAGCAGAGGGAGCUCUGUCUCUAAAAAUGCAGCAGUGAGCUCCAGCUGUAUAUCCCAGGUGUCUGAGGAACAGCAAUGCCUCAGCACUGAUCCCAUGUGCCACAGUCCAACUGGAGAAACAUUCCCCACCAAGGCUGCUGUACCUCAUGAAGUGGUGGGGGGUCAGGAGCAUGCAGAGGGAGACGAGCCCUCAGGGUCGGCCUGUGUCUCAGCAACAGGGAGUCUGGACCAAAAGCACGUCUUGGAAAGGCUGCAGCAGCUUGAACAGGAGGUGGUGGGAGGGGAGCAGGCCAGGAACAAGGAGCUACAGCAGAGACACAGACAGAGGCAGAAGCUUGCUGACCAGAGAAAAGUCCAGCUCAUCCAGGCUCUGUCACAGAACAGUGAGGACAGUGAGAGUGUGCUGCUGAAUGUCUACAAUUCCAUUCAGGAAGAAGUCCACGCCAAAGACCAGAUGCUGGUCAAAGUCCAGGGCAAGCUGAAAGCAGCAAAACUGGAGAUCCGUGACCUCCAGGCUGAGUUUGAGGAGGAGAGAAAGGACUACCUGACGACCAUCCGCAGACUAGAGAGAGAAGGCCAGCUGCUGCACAGCUUGCUGGAGCGCAUGGUGCCCCUGGUUCGCCGCGACUGCAACUACAGCAACCUGGACCGCUUGAAGAAAGAAGCUGUGUGGGACGAGGACAGCGCAACCUGGAGGCUGCCAGAUGUGGUGCUGCAGAAAACCACACUCCCCUCAGCAGUGGCACCAAAACCAUCAACUUGCAGAAGCACAGGGCCUGAGGCUGCAGUGUCAUUUAUGAUGGAAGAAGACAGGUACAAGGAAAUGCUGGACCGAAGUGACAGUGAGAACAUUGCCAGCAGCUACUUCAAGCCAAAAAGAGCCAGCCAGCUGCUGGGAGCCGAAGCCGCCAAGGGACACGGGGUCCACUCACCUCCACUGCUCAGCGUGGCGGCCCACCUCUCUGUGAGCAGUCCUAACUCGAACUCCCCUGUCAGCUCAGACGCCGUCCUUCCUCGUCCUUUCCGUCUGGAGUCGUUGGAUGUCCCAGUGUCCAAGGUGAAGCGCAAGAAAAGCAAAACGCACAUUCAGCAUGAGGGGAUUUGAAAGGAACAUGGACUCCCAGCCAUGAUGUGAUUUUAACACA